CGGGAUUCUCUUUGCAGCCACUCGACGCUGUGUAUAAUUCUGGGUCACGUUGCCAACGCAGCUACGAAACCAUGCCAGGGAUAGCAAGGAACGGUGAAAGCAGAAGCGGAAGUGUGGUCUGUUUGUUGGCCGUUUCCGCCAUAGCCGCCGACACCACCAAGUCGGCUGCGAAGAAGAACCCGGCGAAACGUGGAAUAUUGAGUUCAGGUAUCGGUAGCUACGGUGCUCUGGACUCCGGUAUUUCAGGCUAUUCUGGUAUCUCUGGUCUUCCCGGCAUUUCUGGCUACUCGAACGGCCUGGGAUCGUCUCUCGGCUAUGGCAGCUCCUACGGCUACGGCGUCGGUUCCAUUGGCUCUUCCGUGGGCAUUGGCGGCAUCAGCGGCAUCGGCGGCAUCGGCGGCAUCGGCGUUUCAAAUAUCGGCAGGAACGAGCGCAUCACCGGCAUUACCGUGAACCGUGAAGUCCAGGUUCCCGUUCCCGUACCUCACCCAGUACCAGUGGAAGUGACGCGUGCUGUUCCCGUCCCUCACCCCGUCCCGGUCCGAGUCGACCGUCCCUACCCCGUCCCAGUUGCGCAGCCCUACCCCGUGGAAGUGACCCGCACCGUCCCGGUCCGCGUCGACCGCCCCUACCCGGUUCCCGUUCCCCAUCCAGUCGAGGUCCGUGUGCCCCAACCAGUCCCGGUCCCAGUUUCGGUCCCCCAAGCUGUGCCGGUCCCGGUUUCCGUCCCUCAGCCGAUCGCAGUCCCCGUCGGCAUCAGCAGUGGAAUCAGCACCGGAUAUGGAGUAGGCCUCAACUCCGGUAUUGGAUACUCUUCCCUGGGAUCUUCUUACGGUCUUGGGUCAGUUGCUUUGAGGUCUGGUUACGGUAUUGGAUCAGCUUCUUUCGGAUCUCCUUACGGCAUUGGAGUAUCCUCUCUGGGAUCCUCGUACGGCCUUGGAUCUUCCUUGGGAUCCUCGUACGGCAUUGGAGCAUCUUCGUACGGUAUUGGAUCUUAUGGAUCGGGCCACCUACACCACAAGAAGUGGUAAAGACGCAGCGCACACACUUUCACCUGUACCUUAAGACUUGGUUACCAACGCUCUUGAAUCUAUGUCGAUCGUUACGGAUCAAUUUAACAUGAAUUAAAUAAAUGUUUAUUUUUUCAAUGAA